CUUCCGGCUUCAAACACACAGACAAACAGCGCUUUACUACCAAACUCAGAGGUGUCGAGCAGCAGCAGCAGCACGCAUGGCAACAGAAACGUCCCCGAGAAACUAUUUAUCCUGAGAGCAAACUGUGAGAGGAUUUCACUGAUCGGUACGAACUGCUUUGAAGUUUUCCUGAAAUAACCACAGAGAAAACACUGGGGGAAAAGAGAGAGAGAGAGACAUUUUGAAGUCUUCUUCUGUGGAGGAGGAUUUUUGGUGAAAAGGUGAAGAAGCAGAAAGAAGGACCGGCGGCAGCGUUGAACGAGUUCGUGCGUGGAAGAAACUAAAAAAAAACAAAACAAAAAACACAAGAGGAGUAGAUAAUAAGUUGUUUUGGUGCACGAGGAGGAGCCGUGUCUUUGCAUGUUUUGUGUCUCGAGUGUCAGACACACACAGACAGAGAAGAGUCAUCCUCGGUUCCUAACUAUUGGUAUCAGGCUGUAAUAUCACUCAGAGCAAUAAAAGUGUCCCGGAGAAGAGGACGGGACAGCGCCGAGCAGUAGCAGCGGAUUUUCCUGCAGUGUGGAGCUGCUGCUGCUGACUGAAUGCCGAAGAAACACUGAAAACUGUUCCUCCCUACAGCUCCAAGGGAGAUUGUCAGAUGUGUACCCAGCACUCAGAGCCCCUGGCCUGGCCGCGGGGAUGGCAGCCUCUGCCCUGAACCUGAACGGCCUCGGAGUCAUGAACAGCAGUAAUCAGUUUCACACCCAGCCAGGCUCCUCUAGUACCAAUUCUGCAGCUAGAACCAGUCCAGUUGGGCGACCCGUGCUGCCGGUUCCAGAUCGGAGCACCUACUGUCAGUUACUGGGUGGGGGGGCGCAUGGUGGAGGCCUCUACUCCCCAACCAGCCCUAAGACGAACCCUCAAGCCCUGGGUCCAACCUUUGUCUUCCCCGCUUCGCCCUCGCUCUCUGCCAGCCCCACCCCUCGCGCUCGCUCCCCCUCUCCACGAAGCCCAGAGCUCCUAGGAGUCAAUGUAGGCCAGCGGGUCCGACGACUCAGCUCACCCGGCGGCGAGGAGAGAGGGGAAGGAGAAGGGCAGGAGGAGAGGGGAGGAGAGACGGGAGGAGAGAAGCGAGAGGAGAGGAGACGCCAGGCACAGCUGCUGCAGAUACACAAAGAGCUGCAGAACGUUAAGGUCAGGGGUAAAGUUGGCAUUUUCGAGGCUCAGAUUUCCGGAAUUCGUGCCCAGGUGCUAAACAGUGAGCUUCAGCGCAGCCCCAGGUCUCCAAGACGGUCGCCUAGCCAAACCCAAAACCAUCCCAGUCAGCGAAACACAGCCCUUGAAUGCCCAAUGACCCACCCACAAGAGAGUAAAGUAUCCCAUGUUGUCCAGAAUGGAAAAGAAAGGGAGGAAGAAACAACAGAGGAAGAAAGGAGAGAAGGAGGAUUGGACGAAGGCGAGAAAGACAGCAGUGCCACUAAAACAAACACUGAGAACAAGACACUGAUUGGUCAAAAUGGCCGGCAUUCUGAAACGACAAUGCAAACUCCCUGUUUAGAUGGACCAUUUGUUGUUCAGCCUCCCCUUGAGACAUUAAAUCCAGAUGCAACAACGGUCAGAGAGGAAGAAAGACUGAGAGAAAAGGAGUGGGGAGAGAACAAACAAACACUGGGAGACAAAAGAGAACGGACAGAGAGAGAAGGGGACUGGUUGUGCCUUGAGAUGCUGGUAGAGACAGAAGAAAACAGGUUGGAGAUUAACCCCGAAACGACUGCUUUUCCUCGGGCACAAAGCAGUGAAAUCUCCCCUUGUUUGCUAGAUAUCAGCGAUCACACAUCCAACUACUCUCCCUCCAUCUCUCCUUCCAUUCCUGCAGUCAUAGUAACUGACCACGGUCUGGAAAGCCAGCCUCAAACUUGUGAAGGAUCCGGCUCAGACCAGGGACUAUGUGGCACCCCUAGCCCCAGCUCUAGCCCUGUGCCUGGCCCGAACUCCUCCAUCCGCUCCCUCAGGAAGCUGUCAUCCUCCUCUGCUUCUUCAGCUGGUUUCUCAUCUUCUUGGGAAGAGUCGGAAGAGGAUGUUUCCAGUGAUACGGAGAAAGGAGAGCAUCUUCUCAACCCUGCACUCCUUAGUUCUAAACAGAAAGCACACAAGUCUUGGAAGAAGAUAAAGAACAUGGUGCACUGGUCCCCGUUUGUCAUGUCCUUCAAGAAGAAAUAUCCAUGGAUACAACUGGCUGGGCACGCAGGGAGCUUCAAGGCGGGAGCCAACGGUCGUAUAUUAAAAAAACACUGUGAUUGUGAGCAGCGCUGUUUGUCCCUCCUAAUGGGGGAUGCGCUACGCGAGUAUGUCCCUGGUUACCAUGGAGAUGUAGAGAAGGACGGCCAGAAAUACAACCAGAUGGAGGAUCUGCUGGCCGAGUUUGACUUCCCAUGUGUGAUGGACUGUAAGAUGGGAGUGAGAACCUACCUCGAGGAAGAGCUGACCAAGGCUCGUAAGAAGCCCUCUCCAAGGCCUGACAUGUAUCAGAAAAUGAUUGAGGUUGACCCUGAUGCACCUACGCCAGAGGAAAACCAGCAGAAAGUAGUGACCAAACCGAGAUACAUGCAGUGGAGGGAGACCAUAAGCUCAACAGCCACCCUGGGAUUUAGGAUAGAAGGAGUCAAGAAGGAGGACGGGACAGUGAACAGAGACUUUAAGAAAACAAAGACGAGAGAGCAAGUUACUGCAGCCUUCCAAGACUUUGUCAAAGGAAAUAAGGACAUACUGAACGGUUAUUUAACCAGGCUGAAGGAUAUCAGAAACACUCUGGAGAUCUCCCCAUUCUUCAAAACACACGAGGUGAUUGGCAGCUCCUUGUUGUUUGUUCACGACAGUACGGGACGGGCCAACAUCUGGAUGAUCGACUUUGGUAAAACCACGCCUCUUCCUGACGGGCAGGAACUAACCCACCGAGCUUCAUGGGUAGAGGGCAACAGAGAAGAUGGUUACCUUUUUGGACUUGAUAGUUUGGUGGACAUCAUUUCAUCCAUGGUGAAUUCUGAGACUUGAAGUCAGGGUUUUUCUUUGAAAUCCAAGUGAACAUUCGGAAACAAAACACCUGCUUCCACUCAUUCUUCCUUUUUAUGGAGAACAGUUUGGACUUCCUAAAGGAAUCCUUCAUAGAUGUUUGUCCUCAUUUCGGAAACCACGUCAUCCCUUUGCAACAUGUGGCCAACCUUUUCGUCCAUAUUCAGUGAAUUUCACCAUCUCUUCCAAUCCACAUGCUAUUUGAUGUGAUCCUUAUAAGUCCAGGCUCUAAUUGGCCUUUUUUGCAGCAGACAUUUUGACUUGUCACAGCAGGACAAACACAGUAGGAACUAAUGACAUGAACAAUGGCUCAUUAGGCAGCAGGCACAAUAUCGCUAAUGUCACAACUGUGUUUUUUCUAGUGUGACAUAUGGAAAUGUCUGCUGUAAAACAAAAUUCUGUUUUUAUAUGCAUUAUACCUCAAAUACAACAGUUUACUACUGGAGUUCUCCAACUGAAAGCGAAGGAUGUAGACUGUCAAAUGCAAAUUGAAGGCUAAAUACGGUGAUCUUCUACAUUUAUGUAAUUAUAAACUAAUCCCAUGAAAAGACCAAAAACAAUGAUUCAUCUGAACUCAAUUUAGACUUUCAUGCCAGCAUGCAGCCUCAAAGUUCUUACCAUAACAAAAAUUGGCACAAUGUAUGACUGUAUUAAGCCAUCUUUCAAUAUUUACCCAGCCUUGUCUGUGACUCUCAGUCAAUUCCAAGUCCCUUUGUUCCUACUGAAGCUUUAAAUCUUAAAUAAAUAGCAUUCUAAUACAGCUGGACAUAUUACUCAGACAGGAGGGAAUAAUGCAUUUGUUUGGAACAGGGAUUAAUUCACACACACUGUAAAUCAUUUUAGGAUGUUUCAACUCAAAAAUGUAAGUUCACGUGCCGCAUUAAAUAUUUGACAUAAGCUGAAUAAUUAGUUCAGAGUUUUCCUUGAAAUACUUGUUUUUAGAAACCCAGUUGGUAACUGAACUUGAGAAAACAGUAACCCAAAGAUUGUAAGUUUAAUUAACUUGGUAUAAAUAAUACGUGUAGAUUUAUUUUCAUGGACCUUGGUGUCACAGAGGACAAACCAUAUCAAGCCUAAGCUAUAUGGAAAAUACUUGUAAGAUUAAUUUAUUGUUUGUUUUGGUCCUUUCAUGGGAUUUGUUCAUAAUGAUAAUUGAAAAUAAAAUUAAGAAUUCUCAUAAAAUAAUAUAAUCAUAAAUAAUAAUCAUGAAAUCAUUUAAUGCCUGGAAUUUGAAAAUUUCUUACGUGUUGGUAGCAUCAAAAAGACACUGUUAUUCUCUCCCUUUUCUACAAACCAGCACCUAUGCUAGCCUAAUUUGAAGAAUGCUGUAAUCGCAUCAAAAUUUCAGAAGUAGUAGGUUUAAAAAUAUGAGCUUGAAACUCCAAUAUCUGACAUGAAAUGCCUCGAUUUGCAUACACGCAAUCUCACGUUAGAUCCCAUCUUAAUUCCAUUUCUUCCUUAGCAUAUCUGAACUUAACUGUAUUAGAUUUUUUUGGUGUGUUUGGCCACAACUUCAGCAUAUUGUCCAUUUCUUUUUCAAACAAACGGCACUUGUCAAAUUUCAACUGUUAGAGAUUGUACAAUUGAGUGUGUUUUUACUCACAAAAAUGAGAUUUUAGAUGUGUUUUACAGUGAAAAAACAAAAGUAGUCUUUUAGCUGUUUUACACCUCUGUUUAACCAGUCACACUCUGCUUUUGGUCAGUGAAGGUUUCCGUGGCAGCCGUGUUUGAACCACAGUAAUCUAGCAAUAACUGUCAGUUAUGUUAAGCUAAAUUAAGCAUCUCACAGUUAAUUUCAGUAUGUUAUGAGGGCCAUUGUUUCAUAUUUGCAGCUGACAUGGUGUCCAUAGUACUUCCCUGGCCAAACACUUAUCACCAUUCUCACACUUUGUUGGGAUUGUUCACACUGUACAGUAAGAUUUAUUAUGUUUGAUGUAGUUUUUGUAACAUUAUUUUAGUGUACUCAAAUCCUGUGGAACACUUAACAGCCAUGAACAAUCUUAUUUAAGCUAUACAGUGCCUUGUCAUUACAAAGCCAAGUCAGACAACUGAAAAUACGUUCUUCAAAUGUCAUGAUGGAAUUUCCUCUUAGUCUUAACUGUCAGUUUCUGUGCUUUGUCUUACAGGGGUGCAUGCUUAUUAUCCUCUUAAAGUUUGGGCUUAAGUUGUAUUUCAUUCAGUUUUUAUUUAUAAUGUAUUUAGUUUUUAGUUACUGGAAUGGGAUACUGUGACAUUUUGAAUUUUGUUAUUGUUGUUUGGUUGUUUUGUCAUCAAGCAUGUGUUACAGUAGGAGUGGAAGUCAAGCAGCGGGGCAGAUCGCUGACAUUGUGGACAUUAUCCAAACCACUGGAUGUGGCUAUGGACAGACUGAUGUUGUUCAGAUAAUAAUGAAUUAUUUCAGUGGGGGAAUGCAAACAAAGAAAUGUCUCGUAAUGUAACAUGUUCUUGAUGAACAAUAAAAACCAAGCAGUGAGUAGGUUCCACUCUACCACAUAUUUUAAAUGCCAUGGUUUUCAGUUGAUGUUUGCAGUGACAGUAGACAGAGAAACAUACUGAUUGUAAUUCCAUGCAGUGCCUUUUGUUAAAGUAGUCUGACGUUUUGGGGAAA